CACUGCAACGCUUAGCAAAGCAUUAGUUAACUCACAGCAUUCAACAGGCGGUGAUCAGCUAACAAGCAGUCUAAUAUUUGCGAAUACUAUAACUUACAAAAAAAUUGAUACAAUGAAGCUCUUUUUGCUCGCCUUAGUCGCUACGGUUGCUCUCAGCGCCUACGUAGAAGCUCAUCCACAACGUGCACGUGCACAGACUUUGAUCUACUAUCCACCACCGACACGUCCACCACGUCCCAUUUUGGUGCGUGUGGCACGUGAUGUUGGUGUUGGCGGUUCGUUGGCGAGUAAUCCACGUGGUGGCGCCGAUGCACGCUUGGACAUCGCCAAGGCAAUCGGAGAUCCUAACCACAAUGUAAUCGCUGGCGCUUUUGCUGCUGGAAACACCGAUCGCGGUCCAGUUACCACUGGCGGUUCGUUGGCUUACAACAACAAUGGUUUGGGUGCUGCCAUUUCGAAGACUCACACUCCCGGUGUACGCGAUACAUUUACCCAAAGCGUCAAUGCGAAUCUCUUCAACAACGGCGUGCACAGCUUGGAUGCGAAUGCCUUCAAGUCACAGAAUACUCUCGCCAAUGGUUUCAAGUUCGAUCGCAAUGGUGCCGGUUUGGACUACUCGCACAUCAAUGGUCAUGGCGCCAGUCUUACGAAGAGUACCAUUCCUAACUUCGGCAGCCAAUUGGAGUUGGCCGGUAAGGCUAAUCUCUGGUCUUCACCGGAUCGUAAUACUCGCAUUGACUUGACUGGCAGCGGUUCGAAAUGGACAAGUGGUCCACUCAGUGGACAGCGUGACUACUUCGGCGGUGUGGGUCUCACACAUAUGUUUGGUUAAGCGUUUGAUCGUAAAAUUCUUUUAAGUAAAGUGUUUUAUUGUUUAUUGGAAAAAUAUUUAUUUAAUAAAAUCUUUAACAAUCGAAUAUAA